AUGGGCGAUGACUCCACAGCCGGGCUCUUCGAGACACUAUCUACAGUCCAAUUAAAACCUCAACCAAUUAACGACAUCUCUUAUAAUGUUCACAAAGAAUUAAUAACAUCACCAAAAUCUCCGAAGUCCAACUACACGAAAAGUGGUGAUAUUUCACAAUCUAAUAACGUUUCAAAUAUAGACUCAAAUACCGAAAACGAAAAAAAAAUAUUCAAAACAUUUUGCUGA